CUCGCCUCUCGUUUGUUUUGCUGUCAGUCAUUAGUCCUCGAUCUUGUGUCGUAUUUGUUGAUUUUGAACUGUCGACAUUCAAUCAACACUCAACAGUCGGAGUGUUUCAGAGUGAUAAAAAAUUUGUCAAGAAUGACAAAUCUGAAAAAUAUGUUUAUGGACUCUUUAAAAAAAAUUGAUAAAAUAGAAAUUGUAUUUGAAGUCUUUGGUUCUUUAGAAGAAUGGCUUAUCCAUAUGGAUCCUGGUUCUUUUCAAAGAGGGAUCAAAUACAAGACCUUCAUUUGAAUUAAUGAUCCGUGACGCUGUUUUCACCCGGUUUUACUUGCUAAAAAGGAUUUAAUUAAGAUCUCCCUGCUACAGACUUUUCAUAUGUGUGACAUUUUUUGUAGCAAACAUGAAAUAUUAUUCAACAUGGUAUUGUGCGGACCUCCUUCUUCAAAAUAUUUAAGCCCUCUUAAAUAUUGGAUUAGAGCCGUAUUCGUUUGAAGUUAAAAGUAUUUAGAAAUAUUAGCACAGUUGAGACCUGUUUAUUAGUGUUGAUAACUGCCAGUGUACAACAGCUGCUCAUAUUUACAUGUAUAUGUUUAAUUUUUAUUCUCUGUCCAGAAAAAAUUGACUUAUUUAAAGUAUAUAUUUGUUACCUAGUGAAUAAUUGACGAUGUGACACAGCUGCGUUUGGUAGCUUAAAUGACGUCCUCUUUACUGAAAGUGCAGUAUAAAUAAUUUGUAUUGAUUGCGCAUCUGCUGUUGUAUUGAAAUAUGUGUUAAACAAUGGAUACAUGGAUUACGCAUUAAGUGCCGUCUGCUCACCCAUAUACAUGAAUGGCAUCUAAUGCAAGUUCAGAUUUAUUUUCAACAUUGAAUCAUAACCGAGAAUGCCCCGCCCCCUCUACAACUUCCUGCAGCAGCCCCUGCUCUACGCCAAUCACGUCCACUGUGUCAUCACAGACGGAUAGUGGUAUAACCACGGCAACCGUUUCUACCACUUCUGCUGUCAGUGCAUACACCACCGCCACGGAAACGAACCCAACAGCCUCCACAACCACCACAACCAGUUGUACCAUUGUGACCAAGACAACCAACUCAUCUGUGAUAGCUAAUGGACCUCUAACGACAUCAAAAGAAAAACCAGCAUCACCCAUCUUAUCAAAAUCAGGUGAUUCAAGGUCCCCUCAUCUAAAGAAACCAUUUCCUAGGCCCUCCAGUGAAACGCUUCUUCAUAAGGACCAGCGCAAGUUUUCCCCCUCCCCGAUUCGGACGCCGCGCAGGGAAGACCAGCGCAGUGACAAGGACUUUCCAUUGCCUCCUAGCUUUGGAUUUUCCAAGACCUGGCACAGCGGCAGUAACCCACACCUCCACAGCCCUUAUAACCAAGUGUCUCACUCCCCGGGAUUACCUCAGUUUGGUCUGCAUUCCACCAGUCACGGAUCCUCCUUCUCAAGCCUACCUCCAAGCCCCCUCCACAAUCUCAUCCCCACCGCUGGGGGCCCACAAAGUAUGUUUGCAGCUCCCCUGCCUCCAGGAGCUGCUAAUGGGUCUCUGACUUCACCACAUUCACUAGGAGGAGCCAACUUGUCAACACAUGCUUCCCCUGAAUCCAUGUCCCUUGCCAGUCAAGAAAUUCUGCGAGAGGAAUUGAAUCGCAGGUUUUUGGCUGCCCAGGAGCCCGCUGGCCUUCCGGUGCUAGGCUCAACUCCGUACGUCCGUGCGGACAUCCACCAACAUCAACACAUGCAUCAACAUCAGCACCAGCACACACACCAACACAUGUUUGCCCUGCCUGGACUGACAGGGUCCCUGGUCCCCUCCCCAGCUCCACACCUGUAUGACAAAGUCCCAAAACCAUUUGAGUCACCAUUUUACAGAACCACCCCUAGCGGAUUGCUGGGAUAUCCCAUGGUCCCUCCCCUUAUUCACUCUGGAAGUUCUCUUAACUCUGGAUCCUCAGGAGCCUUCCAACCAAAGAAAGUAGCCAGUGGCCUGUUACACCCCAGUCAGAUGAUCCCCGGCCUGAGAGAGCCAGACAAGGUCCCUCCUUCAGCUGCUUCUCUGCCCCACCACAAAAAAAGUGGGAAAUGGUGCAGCAUGCAUGUUCAGAUUGCCUGGAAGAUUCAUCGCCACCAACAGGAGAGUCCAGAUGUCUCCAAAGGGGGUGAGGGUAAAAGUCUGGACCCCCUACAGUCCGGUCGGAAUCUCUCCAGCAGCAAUCUUCACAGACCUACAGAUCUGAGUAUGUCGUCUUCCCUGCUAGGAAUGAGUUCAUUCCCGAGGCCCUCACCUUAUCCAUUUACCAAUCAUGAAGGCUUCGGCGGCCUUGGAAAAGGUGGAAGUCCUUUUGGCACCCCAGGAAGAGAAAUGCCAAAAAUUCCUGGCAUAGCCUCUCCCCAGGAAUGGAGCAGAUUACACACUAGUAGAUCUUCUCCUCUAUUCUCUGGCUCUCACUGGUCCAAACCAGAUGAGAGGGAAAGAGAGAUAGAAAAGGAAAGAGAGAAAGAAAGAGAAGUUGUGCUUGGACUGGACAGAAGGAGGGAGGAAAGAGAGAGAGAAAGACGGUCAAGUGAUCGAGAACGGCGUGGUAGUGUGGAUUUAGACCAGUCUAAAGACAGACCCUUUAUGGGCGCGGACCUGCGACAUCCUCACACUGUGUCCCACUCAAGGUCAAGAUCAAGGUCACCUCUUGUUGGAGGCCGAGUUGGUUCUGCCAAAUCUGAUACCAGUUACAAUCGUGAUGAAAAAGACAUCAUUAAAGUGAAAGAAGAAAAACUGGAUAAGCCUGAGACCUCAGCUAUGGAGAGAGAAAGAGAGAAAUUCCGACCAGAAUAUUUACUUGGUGCAUCUAAUUUAAUGGACCGUUCACGGCUCCUAGGGGGGCCUUCCCCAUUUCCGUUUGGUGCAGAUAGACUUCCUCCCCCUCCCCAGAGUUUGUGGGGACCUCACCAGGAGAAAAGUUUAAUGGACUUCAGUUACCACAGUCUUCAGAUUCAAAGAGAGAUGGAACAGGAGCGUGAACGAAUGCUACGACGUCUGCAGCCUCAGUCGAUGGGUCUGUAUGACCAUGAUCGAGUGCGUAAGGAUGAAAUUCUUAUGCAGGAGGAACGACUCCGUAGGGAAUACUUUGAUCGGAUUCCACAGCUUGAAAGGGAACGAUUUGAAAGAGAAAAGCUGGCUUUCGAGUCCAGCAGGCUAGGCCACUCAAGACAUUUUGACCCUCUGAGGCCGAGUGGCCAUUUUCCAAGAACUAUUAGUCCUCUUGUCAAUCACAGUGGGAUGAAGGUGGGGUCCCCAGCUUUGCUUCAAGGACCACCUCCGCCUCUAAUCCCAUCUUCCUCUACCCCAACCACCCGAAGUCAUUCAAAUUCACCUGCUAUGACUAAACUAAAACCACCAAGCAGCUCUGACAUAGACAAAAGGGACUCCUAUUCCAGUUCUAAUUUAGAUGGGCAUGGGAGGUAGCAGAAGUAAAGAGGGUCAAAUCUUAUUUUAUGAUUUUAUCCCAGUGCGUGGCAGCUGUUAAUGACAAAGUAGUUUAUUUUGUUCUUUUCCAGAAGAUCUCUUUUGUAUAACUACUCAAAUUGUAAAUGAUAACUAUUUAUGUGCUGGAAUCAAGAUUUUGCAAUUAUAUGGUGUAUGUGUGAUUUUUGGGGUAUCUUUAUGAAAGGUACACAUCGUAUUAAAAAUUGAUUCAUAAAAAUCAAUCAAAUAAAAAAGAAAUUGAUGCUUUAGUUCUUAAACACUUUUCAAUGAGACUUUCAAGUAUGAAUCAUUUACUAGUACAUGUAUUAGAUUUACUUUUGAUCUGUUCCUAUUGCGACUUUUUUCUUUGUAUUCACAAAUUUUUAAAAGAUUGUGUAGAUUUUUGGAGAAAAAAAUUACCGGUAUAUGUAACAUAUUGAUUAAAAUGUUAAAUGAAGCAUGUUACAACUUUUUUCUCUUUUCUUUUUUGCCAAUUUUUCCACUUGACAAGAAUUGUGUUUUUACACUUGAAAUAUUUAUAGCAAAGCUUAAAAAAUGCAAUAUUCUUACAAAACAUUUUUAUACAGAUAGCAUCAAAUGCAAUAAUUGUUUUGCAACCUUACAACUUAGUUGUUCUAAGGGAUAUGUAUGUAUAUAUGUAAUGUAGAGAAAGUAAAUUUUGACAUUAAUGAGAAAAAAUGUACUAGUAUUCAAUAUUUCAUGCAAAAUUUAGGUAGCACUCAGGUUUACUGAGUGGAAGUAUAAGUGAGAAUAUAAGUAGAUAAAACAUUUGUUUUCAAAGAUUGGUCUAAUGAACCUUAGUAUGUACAUGUACUUCAAAUUCCACAGAAAAUGCAGAGGUUUUGUGUGCACAGAUCAUUAUAUUAAUAUAAGCUUGCUGGUCGAGCUGUUGACAGCACAUAAAAACCGUUUCAUUAAUUUAAAACACCCGUAAUAUUCCAAUGUAAUUAGAUUUGAAGCAUGAUUAUUUCUUUUGGAACACCAAAAAAAGUAAUGGUCACAACUUUUGCACAAUAUGCAAGAUGAAAAUUCAGACAAAAAUACAUAAGCCAAAGGCAAGGCCAAUUGUUAGUGAUCAAGAUUAAAAUCUGACUGCCAAAGCAUGGUCAAAGUGGGGCAUUGUGUUACACACACACUUUAUGGGCGUUUUCAUUUGCUUAAAGCAAAAAAAAAUAUUAUGGUGUUUUAGAAGAUAUUUUAUUGUAUUUUCAACCAAUAAACCCCACUAAAAUAUCUUAAUUUAAAACAUGCCUGGUUUCUUUGCUAUGGAUAUUACAAGCUUUAGUCAAUUUAAUAUAUUGAUAAGAAUUCAUUUGAUUUUAAUAUAUUGUUCCUAUUGUAGUGCUGUCAUGGUUGCAAUGUAGGUGACAGCCAAUGAAAUUUGGACUGUAAAUAUUGUAAUGAUAUUAUUUUUUAUUGGUGUUUGCAUAUACAUUCUUAUAUGUCUAUAUAUAAUCACAAACAUGUUCAGUUUUUACAAACUGAAACCAAAAUAAAAAUGAAAUAAUUGAAAAA